ACGAGAAACAUUACCGGCCUGGUCUAUGCUCUUGUAUAUUGACGAGGCUGAUGAGUCUGGAGCUCGGAUCCCGAAAAGAUCGAUGUUGCAGCGAUAUCCAACGCUGAUUGCCAUCGGUAUAUGUCCGGUGGCGUCUUUUUCAACGGAAGGUCGACUCUGUGGCUGCGCGACCGGCCAAAUGGCAAAGAAACGGUGGACUAAGGAGGUUGGUCGCCUUCGAGUCGUGAAAUCUUUCGUUCUUUGUGUGGAAGAAGUGAGGCUUGAAAGAGGCGACUCACAAUGGACCUGACGAUCACAGCCCCGCGGACUGCUUAUUCAUGGUCUUCACGCUCUUGGCUCUGUCGUGGCAAUGCGACUGAUGGGCGGCCUGGCCUCUUGGAUGUCCGUCAAGGAUGCUGUCGCGUCCGAGGUAGUGAGGGCGUUGAUGGCAGCCAAACGAAGAGCGACCAUUGAGCUGUUGUCAGACUGGCAGUCAGCUUUUACCAGUCACUCAAUCAUCAAUGAAGCCUUAAGGAGAGGGAAUCGAUGUGUCUUUGGGGGGUUGAGCAACUCGGGCUACGCCCUAGGCUGUGGUGGUGUUGCUGGUAGGGGAGAGGGGCGACUUGGCAACGCCGCGCAAUGGACAGAGGCCCUUGAGGGUGCGGCUAGGGAUGGAGCGAUGGGCGGCUCACUGAAAGCUAGCGACAUGCAGCAUCGCAAACAGAGCACAAGCCUGGCUGUCGUGAACUUGGGGGAGCCUAAGGGGGCAGCGACUCCCCCCCAGCCACGUUCGCCUAGGGGUGCAACAGCCACCAACCCUGUCACAAGGAAAGAUCCAGCAACUACCUACCACACCGAGAGGCACUACCCUCCAAGGCAGCCAUCAUACGGUUAUAAGCCUUCGCAAGACGCCCAUGUGGUACUCAUUAAAGCCGUCUUCGACUCCUAUCAUCCUUCCUUUGGGCUAAACUACCUCGAAUUGUCUGCGCACAAUGCCUCCCCUCCUGCCGCUGCUGCAGCCACGUCAACCAAGCCUUCCAACCGCGAGGUUGACAAGCUCUCGAGGCAACUGCACGGCGGAUAUGGGAUAGUAGAGUGCGCCGUCACUGGCCGUGGUAGUUCUCUCUUCCUGCAAUCCACAAAUCGCAGCCCGAACGGCCUCACCGUUGAGCGCCUGGUGCGUUAUUCCCAUUACCUUCGAAAUGGGCCUCGAUUUCAGCAUUCCGCCGAUUUUCGCACAGGUGAUAAAGGGGUAUCCUGCGUAUGGACAUGGGAUGAGAUGGAUGCAGCGUGUCCGCCUACAGAUUGCGAUGCACGGGAUUUUGACACCGCAGCAUGGGGAGCUAACUGUGCAAGCAAAACCACCUGUUUCUAA